AAAAUCCAACAAAGGUUUUGCUUUGAACCAUGCGUCCACUUGUUAGCCCUCUUCUUCGCUUUCCCAAACCUAAACCAUAGCUUCAAAGGCAUUUGCGGAUAAUAGCGAAUAAUCCUUAUCGACGGCCGCAGACCACUGUCAUGGUCGUUCGAGGAUUACCGGCGGUGGCUAGGGUUGCGGGAAACACCGUGGAUUACGACGACGAGGAGUUAUUGCACCCUGAUUGAAAAUGCCGGAAAAUGUCGUAGGCUACUGCGAUUGGUAGACGGCUAUGCCCCCAAUACGUAUCGUCAUGUCAAGUCGAGUAGAAUCGAAAUUGUUGGAAGGAGAUAAUGGUGGAAGGAACGAGAAUGAAGCAGUUGGAGGCGCAGAUGAGCAGCCUGCAGGCGAGGAUGGACAUGAUGGAGACAGGACUGCGCUAGACUCAAGAAGGAAAGCGUUGGAAUCAAGAAGUGAUUCAAUCUUUGGAGAAGAAGCUAGAUGCAACUAUGAAUGGUCUGGCGAAAAGAUUGGAUGGAUUCUUACGUAUGUUUUCUAAGCUGCCACGGGUUAGCAUUCGGUCAAUUUUCCACCAAGAGACAAUGCUGAACCGACCAUAACAGAUCUUUGGCAUUUAGGAGGCUUGCACAUUCCCUUCUCCCAAGCCAGAAGGCUGGCAGUUCCGAGAUAAGAGUUAAUGGGGCAAAAAUUACAGUUAGGCUCUCUUACAUCCUGUGCAGAUUAUAUUCACAGUAUAAACUUCCUAAUAAAGGAUUUUCUUCAUAUAACUUAUGUAAAAUUAAUUUGGGGAAGACUACUGUUUAUAAGAGCUCCAAUGUACAUUCAGCAAGUAAAACAAUGUCACACCAUGCUCAAAUUGCCUGGAAAAGGCUUUCUCAGAUAUGUUCCUACAACGGACCAGUUCUACCACCAAUAAGUAGGUUUGCCUGUGCAAUAAGCCUUGCCUUAACGCGAUUGCAAGUGAGAGCUCCAGGCGUUCUUGCAUUUUUCAUUGGGGAGCUAGCCUGGACACCAAGAAAAUUGGCAGAGGCAGAAUGCUUCCCAACAGAGAAUUUAUUUUAUAUGCAUGCAGAUGGGCAUGUUUACUUGACUUUAUUUCUAUACUCACUUUUAGAGGGUUUGAUAUUGUUUCUGAGAGCCAUAUAUCUGGCAAUUUUGUUCUCGCCCUGCAUUGUUAUGGCUCCAUUUGUGGAUCGUUUUGGCAUUGAGUUUAGAAAGACAUGGUUUCACAUUAUUCAUCUUACAUUGGAAAAAGCAGGCCCAGCAUUUAUUAAAUGGGGUCAGUGGGCGGCAACUAGGCCAGAUCUCUUCCCAAGAGAUCUGUGUGCUGAGCUGGCAAAACUUCAUACUAAAGCACCAGCACAUAGCUAUGCCUACACGAAAAUGACUAUUGAAAAGGCAUUUGGAAGGAAUUUAUAUGAUAUAUUUGAAAAUUUUGAAGAAGAACCUGUAGCUUCUGGAAGUGUUGCUCAAGUUCACCGAGCUACCUUAAAAUUCCAAUAUCCUGGCCAACUUAUCAAGCCCAUUCUGGUUGCUGUGAAGGUUAGACAUCCAGGUGUUGGUGAAGCAAUCAGAAGGGAUUUUGUAUUAAUUAAUUUGCUUGCAAAAAUAUCAAAGUUCAUGCCAACAUUGAAAUGGUCAAGAUUGGAUGAAAGUGUACAACAAUUUUCUGUUUUCAUGAUGUCUCAAGUUGAUCUAGCAAGGGAAGCAGCUAAUUUGAGUCGUUUCACAUACAAUUUCCGCAAGUCAAAGGAUGUUUCGUUCCCAAAACCUUUGUAUCCCCUGGUGCACCCAGCUGUUUUAGUGGAGACUUAUGAGCAUGGUGAAAGUGUUCUGCACUAUGUUGAGGAGCUUGAAGGAUUUGAACAUAUCAAAAGUGGCCUUGCACACAUUGGGACUCUUGCACUCCUAAAAAUGCUUCUGGUAGACAAUUUUAUUCAUGCAGACAUGCAUCCAGGAAAUAUUCUUGUUAGGGCAUCUCGGAGCAAGGCUUCAAGUAAAAAGCUUUUUAAACCAAGGCCUCAUAUCAUUUUCCUCGAUGUGGGCAUGACUGCUGAACUUUCUAGGAAAGAUCGAAACACCUUACUGGAGUUCUUUAAGGCUGUAGUGCUUCGAGAUGGUCGCACUGCUGCAGAGUGCACACUCAAGUUAUCUAAACAACAGAACUGCCCAAACCCAGAGGCUUUCAUUGAGGAGAUAGAACAAACUUUUAGUUACUGGGAUUCUGAAGAAGGUGGUUCUUUUCAUCCUGCUGAGUGCAUGCAACAAAUGCUUGAGCAAGUUCGGCGUCAUAGAGUAAACAUUGAUGGCAAUAUCUGCACUGUGAUGGUAACCAUGUUGGUUCUAGAGGGGUGGCAGAGAAAGCUUGACCCAGGGUAUGAUGUUCUGCGCACAAUGCAAACAUUGCUAUUCAGAGUUGACUGGGUAGAGUCUCUGCUCUACACUAUUGAAGGAGUCAUGGCUCCUUAAAAGGUGUCUGCCUAUUUCUAUUCUCUUCCUUGCACAAUUUUGACAGAGUCUCAGUCCCAGGGAUAUAAGUGGGUGUCCUAAGAUAAGGAUUCAUACAUGGUAAUCCUGAUAGAAGAUGUAGUGUUUGAAAUACAUUUUGGUUCACACCUUUUUUUCUGUUAUUUUUCUUUGCAAAUAUAAGAAAAAGAUCUUGAAAUGUGUUUCUUGUUUGCUACUUUUGCUUAGUCAUUAUUUUUUGCCUUUUCCUCAAAGGCUCAACCGUGUCAAAACAAAACGUUUAGGGAUUUAACAGAAUGAACAGGCAGUUGUUGUGCUUGUUUGGUGGCAAACUAGAGGCUAGAAGCGAUGGGAAAUUUGAUUUGUUUUAAUUUUGAUAUAUAUUUUAUAUUUUAUUUUUUAACUUUUAUUUUUAGUAGAUUUGGUUGGAUAUUGUAACUUGAGAAUGUCUUUUUUAAUUAAACUUCAGCCUAUAAAUAGGCAUUUGUGAUGUAAUCAUAAGAGGUGGUUGUUUUGGAAUAAAUUGUUGAUUUCUUCCUUCUGCUCAAUUCUCUUUUUGGGGCAUCCCUCUCCUUCUCUACUCCCACCGCUCCUCCAGAUUUCUUUUCUCCCCUCCCUGAUUUUCUUCUCUUCUCUUCUCUUAUCCCUCAAUUUUCUGUAAUCUUUCUACUGUAAACAUCAAUCUUGUUAUCAGAGCAAACCUCAAUAUAUAGCAUCCCACUUUUCAUCAGCACAUUAGGAACUUGUAGAAAAGAACACACCGGAGUAUCAGAGAAAUCAGAGUCGUUGCCAUCUCCAUUGGAGCCACCGCAUAUCACUAUUAGGAGCCCUCAUCAUCGCCAUCAAAUAUCAGAAUCUCACCUGACUUAAGAAUUAGUCACUCUAGCUGACAUCAUUCAUGAAUUUGGAGAACCCAGUCAACAUCCUCUAUGACCUGAAAGCUGAUUCAAGUCCUUCAUAUCCUCGCCACACAAUCUUCACCUGCUGCUGGGAACAUUGCACAAGGUGACCAUAGUUCUUGUUGCCAUUUGCCCUCGUCAUUCAUUGUUGAAGCUAUCACCAAAAGAACUAGUUGACGCCCUCGCCAGUCAGAAGACCCCUCUGCUGUGAUUUCUCCUAUUGUGGAUGCUUUAGAUCCCCUUUCUAGACAACACUUCUCCAUGAAUUGAGAUCUGAUUAUUCCAACAAGCCCUAAUUGUUGAGAUCUGAUUUUGUUAGUUCAAA